AGGUUCCUUAUAUCGAAUUUAAACAAUGGCACCGCAACAAGGGCGUGUACACCCAAGAGUUAAGGUUCAACUUUAAUGGAUCUCCGAUCAUGGCAGAGGCGCGCCGACUCCUCACCGUCGUCGACAACAACAUGUUCGCCAACGCCUUGAUCAUGUCUACCCUCCUCGAGGCCUUCAAGUACGGCAACGCCCCGAAGCUUUCCGACGAUCAGUUAGCGCUGUCUGUCAAUUUUUUUGAGGACUUCCAAGACCAGAACGCUGCAUAUAACACGUCACUCAUGUCUUUCUUUACGCAGUACUACGAUGAAACGGUUAACUACUGGCAUACUGGAGAAGAAAACCAAGUGAGCCUUUUACAGAUAUUAAAACUCAUACCCAUGAAAUUUGUAGAAGCUUUACUCAACGGAUUGGCGCCGGAUAACCUACUAAAAGUGUUAUACACCACACUAGGCGAAAAGGCUCUAUUUCAAUUGACCCAGUACAUCCCGACCGACUUUGAUGACACCUUUGUCUACAUGGGAGUCGGAUCGUUGCUGUUUGAGAUGAGGGACCAGCUAAAGACGGGCUGGGAGCUGUGGAGUGAAGACAACACGAACAUCACUUCCGUAUUCGACGCCUUAAAGAAAUACGCCUACAGACCUUUCUCCAGUGAUCCCAAUGUCAACACAAUCGACCCCAGGUCUUAUUUUCACAUGAGAAAAUUUCUGGACCAGGCUCAAUCUGAAGGCUCUGACAUAGCACUAGUUUCAACAUGGACCGAGUCCAUUGAAGAACAGCGGACGUUGUUCUACAAGGGGGUCAUCAUGCCCUACCUGGUUAACACCGUGGACGUCACAGUCGGGGCCGACACCAUCUACGGCAUGACGUCAUUGGUACUGUCCGGCGUGGUCAGCCAGAUGUUUUAAUGGACCCGGAGAUUGAGCAAAUCUACUUGAACACGUCAUCUCUGGUUGCGUUCCAAAUAAAGAACAAUCUAACAGACCGACCAGAUCUGGCCCUCGUCUACUACCCUUCUGAGAUGGAAUUCUACUGGUUAGCAACCAGGACACUGACGGUGCU